GUGGCCGCGGAGCCCCAUGGCCGCCGUGUUCCUGGUGACGCUCUACGAAUACUCCCCGCUCUUCUACAUCGCUGUGGUGUUUGUCUGCUUCCUGGUUACCAGCGGCCUGGUGCUGGGCUGGUUUGGUUGGGAUGUUCCUGUGAUCCUGAGAAAUUCGGAAGAAAUAGAAUCCAGCGUAAGAGUAUCCAAAAAGCAGAUGAGACAAGUGAAGAAUCCUUUUGGCCUAGAAAUUCCGCAUCCUGCUGCAGUUUCCAUAACAAGGGGUAUAACACUGACACCUGAUUGUCUGGAAGACUGUAUCCUUACAUGCUACUGGGGAUGCAGUGUUCAAAAACUACACGAAGCUUUGCAGAAACACGUCUAUUGCUUCAGAAUAAAGACUCCGCAGGCACUAGAAGACGCUCUCUACAGCGAAUACAUCUAUCGACAGCAGUAUUUCAUUCAAAAAACUGACAAGGAAGAAAAAUACUGUCAGUUGCCAGAAGAUGCUCAAAUUGCAGGCUUUGGCCGAGUGCCUAGAUCUCGUUACCCACUGGUAGCUUUGUUGACUUUAGCUGACGAAGAAGACAGAGAAAUAUACGACAUUAUUUCAAUGGUGUCCGUAAUUCAUAUUCCUGAUGAGAGUUACAGACUUUCCUGCAGAAUAUUAUAUCAGUAUCUACUUCUGGCCCAAGGUCAAUUUCAUGACCUUAAGCAACUUUUCAUGUCUGCAAGCAACAGUGUCCCGCCCUCGAGCAAUGCCUCUGGAGAGAGCAGCACUGACAAAAGCUUGCUGGAAAAGGUUGGACUGGCCGAAGUUGAAUCAGAAUUACAUGAGGAAAACAGUAAAGACUGUGUCGUCUGCCAGAAUGGAACAGUGAACUGGGUCCUCCUGCCCUGCAGGCAUACAUGUCUGUGCGAUGGGUGUGUGAAAUAUUUUCAGCAGUGUCCAAUGUGUAGGCAGUUUGUUCAAGAAUCUUUUCCACUUUGCAGUAAAAAGGAGCAAGAUCAAGAUGAGCCGGAACACAUUUUCCAGGAUGCUCCCCACGGAGCAGACUUUUAGUGGAAAACCAAGAAUUACCAAGUUGUACUCUCAAAUGCGUGAUGUAGAACCUAAAGCAUUUUCUGUCCAUGGGAGGAACUGCGGUGUAAUUUUAUGGUUUUGCUGUUAGUUACUAGACCAAUUCAAGCAUCCUUUUCAUGUCUACACUGCAUACAGUUACUGGAACACUGCAUAUACACUGGUAAUAUGGACAGAAGAAGUGUGUAGGAGAUGUAUGAAGAAUGAGUUUUUUGAUAACUGCUGACUGGAUGUUCAUGAAGUAUUAGAGAUUAUUUUGACAAGUAGAUUUAGGUGAGCUAAACAUUAAAAAGAAAAGAACAAAGGCUUACAUACAACUGAAAUUGAAAAGUACUUUUCCUAUAUAAUAUAUAUAGGUUUUUAAAUGUGAAAUUAGAAGAAAAUAUAAUUUUAAUCCUGUAUAAUUUAGAUAUUUAGCACUUUAAAGAAUGAAAAAUGAAGGAAACCAAAUAUUUAAGAAUCUGUUCUUAGUUUCGGUAUAAAUCCAUAUGUAUUUAUUUUGUAUCUGACGGACUUGGCCAUGGAAAGUGCUGGGCUGCUCUACUCCUGUUGAAGUUACUGGGAGUUAAGGAUAUUCAGGACAUUAGUGGUAAUGGACCUCCUGUAAUUGUAUUUUGUUUUCUGCUGCCUUGAAAGAGAUUUUCUGUGUGCACGCGGCCUGAUCCAAAGUCCCUUGAAGUGAUUGGAAAUAUUCCCAUUGACAGUGAGUUUUACUUCAGGCUCCUACUGACUAUCAAGCGAGUAGAACAUCUAAGUGAACCCACUGUGUAUAGAAUGCCACACUGUACUUAUAGGGCUUUAACUCUUGCUAGUGUGACAGCUGUGGAUUAUGAAGGGCUAACUUUUGCAAGGAGAAGAGACUAAUUAGUUUGGCAGCAUGUCCUGUUCCAUGACAUGGACAGCCUAGUCUGUGGGUUUGCCAACUCUCCCAUACCCUUCAUUACCUCUGCGUGGAUGAGAACAGGCUAACCAUGUUACCUUCCCUCAUAUCACUAGUAAGAAAAGGAGCUGAAAGACAGCAGAAAACACAGUU